CCCGGCAGUGGGAGGAGCGCGGCCAGACCUUCCGCGCGGGCGAUGGGGCUGCUCAGCAUCCUGAAGAAGAUGCGGCAGAAGGAGCGGGAGCUGCGGCUGCUCAUGCUGGGCCUGGACAACGCCGGCAAAACCACCAUCCUGAAGAAGUUCAACGGAGACGAGAUCGACACCAUCUCGCCCACGCUGGGCUUCAACAUCAAGACCCUGGAGCAUCGCGGGUUCAAGCUGAACAUCUGGGACGUGGGGGGGCAGAAGUCCCUGCGCUCCUACUGGCGCAACUAUUUCGAGAGCACGGACGGGCUCAUCUGGGUGGUGGACAGCGCCGACCACCAGCGGCUGGACGACUGCAGACGGGAGCUGCAGACCCUCCUGGUGGAGGAGCGUUUGGCUGGGGCCACACUUCUCAUCUUUGCCAACAAGCAGGACCUGCCAGGAGCAUUAAGUCCCAGCGCCAUCCAGGAGGCCCUGGACCUUGACAGCAUCCAGACCCACCAUUGGUGCAUCCGUGGCUGCAGCGCAUACACCGGGGAGAAUCUGCUGGCGGGCAUUGACUGGCUUUUGGAUGACAUCUCAAGCCGGAUAUUCACUGCGGACUGAGAGGAUCUACAGCGGUUUCUGAACCUUGGCCACUUUAAGAUAGGUGGACUUCAACUCCC